AUGGAGGACUCAGAUGGAGUCCUCAACUUCGACUUCGAGGGCGGCCUCGACGCCACUGCCGACGCCGGACCCAUCCACACCGGCCUGGCCUCCAACGCCCCGAUCCAGUCCGACUCCCUCGUCGCGCAGUCCAACAACCAGGCCUCCGCCGCGCCACAACCCGACCCGAAUGUCAACCCCUCGGGCCAGAAGAGCUUCCGGCAAACGGUGUCUCGUCACUGGCUUCGCAGCCUCUGUAUGAAGGGCGAGGCUUGCGGCUUCCUUCACCAAUACGACAAGUCACGCAUGCCGGUGUGCCGCUUCUUCCGUAUGUACGGCGAGUGUAGGGAGCAGGAUUGCGUCUAUAAGCACACCAACGAGGACAUUAAAGAGUGUAAUAUGUAG